ACUGGGCUGAAUCUGCUUGCUGCAGUGGUAGCAAGUGCCCAUUCUGUGUAGGUAGAGUCUCUGGGGUGUUUGGCACCCCAGCCUCCCCACCCCACCUCUCUUCUGCCAAAGGUCUUGUUGGAUGCUCCUGCGGUGGAGUGGCAGAGACUCAACCGGGAGGGCUCUCCCAGAAAUGCACUGCCUGACCUAAACCGACUGGGGACCCAGGACUCCAGGACUCUCAGCCACUGGAACCGCCAGUCUCGGGUUACGAGAGGGGGAGGGAGGCCCUUGGUCCUUUGUGCAUCGCAAGCCUGAGCUCUCCAUCUGUCGCAGUGAGACUCGCCAGAGUGGGGUCUUUGUGCCCAGAGGCUUCCCUCUCACAGGGGGAAGUGGAGGACAGCAUUGCCUCCCUGGGACUUUAUAGAGGCUCAGGGAAAUAAUGAAGUGGCCUCAUUCCUGCAUCUCCUUUUGUUGGAUUUACUUUGCUGCCUCCAGACUGAGAGCUGUAGAAGCGGCAGAUGGAAAAUAUGCUCAGAAGUUGUUUAAUGACCUUUUUGAAGAUUAUUCCAGUGCUCUUCGUCCAGUGGAAGAUACAGAUAAAGUCCUGAAUGUCACACUGCAGAUUACACUUUCUCAGAUAAAGGAUAUGGAUGAAAGAAACCAAAUUCUGACUGCCUAUUUAUGGAUCCGCCAAAUCUGGCAUGAUGCAUAUCUUAAGUGGGAUCGAGACCAGUAUGAUGGGCUGGACUCCAUCAGGAUCCCCAGCGACCUGGUGUGGCGGCCGGACAUUGUCCUAUAUAACAAGGCUGACGAUGAAUCUUCAGAGCCCGUGAACACCAAUGUGGUCCUGCGGUACGAUGGGCUGAUCACCUGGGAUGCACCAGCCAUCACCAAGAGCUCCUGCGUGGUGGACGUCACCUACUUUCCCUUUGAUAACCAGCAGUGCAACCUGACCUUUGGUUCCUGGACCUACAAUGGCAAUCAGGUGGACAUAUUCAAUGCCCUGGAUAGUGGAGACCUCUCUGACUUUAUUGAAGACGUGGAGUGGGAGGUCCACGGCAUGCCUGCUGUGAAGAAUGUGAUCGCCUAUGGCUGCUGCUCUGAGCCUUACCCAGAUGUGACAUUCACUCUCCUCCUGAAGAGGAGGUCUUCUUUCUAUAUUGUCAACCUCCUCAUCCCAUGCGUGCUCAUAUCUUUUCUGGCCCCCUUGAGUUUUUACCUCCCAGCUGCCUCUGGGGAAAAGGUCUCCCUGGGAGUGACGAUCCUGUUGGCCAUGACUGUAUUUCAGCUCAUGGUGGCAGAAAUCAUGCCAGCCUCAGAAAAUGUCCCACUGAUAGGAAAAUACUACAUAGCCACGAUGGCCUUGAUCACAGCCUCCACGGCCUUGACCAUCAUGGUGAUGAACAUCCACUUCUGUGGGGCUGAGGCCCGGCCAGUGCCACACUGGGCCAGGGUGGUCAUCCUGAAAUACAUGUCCAGGGCCUUGUUUGUCUAUGACGUGGGUGAGAGCUGCCUGAGCCUGCGCCACGGCCGGGAGCGGGACCACCUAACAAAGGUUUAUGAUCAACCUCCAGAGCCGAAUCUGAAAGCAGCCAGGAACCAGGACCUUUCCAGAAAGAAGGAAAUGAACAGACUCCUAAAGAAUGACUUGGGGUGCCAGAGAGAGAACCCUCAGGAUGCUGACAGUUACUGUGCACGGUACCAAUCGCUGACAAGGAAUAUUGAGUACAUCGCCAAGUGCCUCGAGGACCACAAGGCCACCCAUUCCAAAGGCAGUGAGUGGAAGAAGGUUGCAAAAGUCAUAGACCGAUUCUUCAUGUGGAUAUUUUUCAUCAUGGUGUUUGUGAUGACUAUUUUGAUAAUAGCAAGAGCAAAUUAGUGGGCAUUUUUGUUAUGUGGGGAUAAAUUAUUAAAAUUCUCUGUGAUCUACCCCAAUAUUCUUCCAAGUCAGAGUUUCAUCCAGAUAUAAUGGAAGGAUUACA